AUGUCAUGUUCUCGCAAAAAAUUCAUCUCGGAUAUGAACGAACUUUUCACUGGGAACACUGAGUACGUGACGAACAUGUCAGAGCAAAAUCCCGGCCUCCUAUCGACGCUGGCAAUCGAAGGACAAAAACCCCCAUUUAUGCUGGUGGAUUGUUCGGACAGUCGGGUUAGCGAGCAGGACAUCUUCUCUGCCCAACCAGGGACAAUAUUUACAGCCGGAAACAUCGCCAACCGGUUCGACGAGCAGGACCUGAACUCGAAUGCCGUGCUCUCUUUUGCUGUGGAAUCCCUGAAAGUGAAGCAUGUCAUCGUGAUGGGCCACUAUGGGUGUGGAGGAGUUGCGGAGUCAAUGAUGCCCCUCAAGAUGUCGUUGACUCGACCAGCGGAUAUCGCCGUGCAGUGUUGGAUACAGCCUAUCAGGGAGUUGUAUGAGACUUCGACGCGACCUGAAAUCGUUGCACAUCGAGAAGCAUGCAAACUUGAACCCAUGAGCAAAGUUCCACACCUGCACGAUGCCGCAUUCCGUGCGCUUGUGGAGGAAAAUGUAAAAUCUAAUGUGGAGAAGAUUGCAAAAUCGACUGUGAUCCGAGAUCACUAUGCAGACGUGACCGAAACGAACGGGUCAGGACCGACAAUCGCGACGGCGAGCAGCGCGCAUCUACCGGUGACGGAGGUGUUUAUCCACGGGUUCGUGUAUGACGUUGAGACGGGCAAAGUGUCGGACCUCGGUGUGUCUGUGGGACCGCCUGGGCGCAGGCUCCCGCCGAGCCCGUUUCCGUUGGUUGGGGGAGGGAAGAGUGGGUAG